UAUAUAUUUGACAAAUGUAUUACGUAAUAAUAUUUCUGGUAUCUUUUUUGAACUUAUUUUCGUCCACAACUCAGCUUAGAUGUGAACUUCCAGAGACAGUACCUGAACUCGACGUUGACAAGUUAACUUACACAAAAUGGUACACUGGACUUCAGACAGAUGAUCCAGCUAGUAAUAAUGUGAAAUGUGAAGAAAUUGUGAGCAUGACAAAAACUAGCAAUGGAUAUGACUCGGUGUUGAGAAGCUACACUGAACGCAAAAAAUUCGUCGAAUGGACCUCACAUUUGAUUCGUCAACGAGCGGGAGUGUUUAAAGAAACCCGAUUGGACGGCGAUGUUACAAUGAUGAACGCCUACGCUCAAUUGGAAAACAAAACUCUGAACACUGUGGUUUACAACCUGGUUCGAGAUGAUCUUGAGAAAGACGAAAUCAUAUUCAUCAGUGAUUAUCGGAAUUAUCAAGCCGGAAUACUUUGUACGCUUCAAGGACAGUGGAUUAUAGGGGUCUAUUUUCCGACGCCGACACCGACUGUGACGAAUGUUGUAGCGUUCUUCAACGAAAUGCAUCGAUUGGGAAUCUCCACUCGGUUACUCUUAUCAGAAUGUUGGAUAUAUAUUUGA